AUGUGACAAAAUGUUGUUAGUAGACGACUUAUCCUGUGCUUAAUGGUUAACCACUGUGUAAAUUGUACGAUGGAUGUUUCUUUCAAAGUUUUAUUUAUAAUAUCAUUCUCUGUCAAUGUGUGCAUUAUGAUGAGCAUACUGUUACCACGAUUACUGGGUAUUCUAAUGAAGUUGCUUUUCAACUCUCGACUUUAUGGUCGUUACAACGUAACUGAACAAGAACACCCCGCUUUUUACAGACGAUUAAUUUUCGACAUAUUGAUAAACACUUUUUCCUUAUUUGCUGGAAUUAUUUUACUAUUUACUAGUAAUGUACUGCAAGAUCCACUUUUGCACACAAAUGAAACUUUGAAGAUAAUAGUGUCAUCUUCUCUUGGUUGGCAACUUUUUAAAAUUCUACAAAAUAUCUUUGAUCCAGAUAAAACUGCAAAGCACUCCAACAUUUCCAACGUUCUCCGUUUGGUGACUGUUUUCACAAAUGCUUCAACUUUAACAUAUGAACAAAAUACACUUUUAUCAAUGUUGGGGCUUGUUGUUGAGCCACAUACAAUAUUUCUCAGAAUAGAGAAACUUUGUAGGAUCCUUAAACUACGCGAAUCCAGUUCAAUGUACUUUGCUUUCACUGUGGCUUCUUUUUUAACUGCGGUACUAUUACGUGCAAUUUUCCCACUGGCAAUGAUCGUUGUGGCAUCCAAAUUUCAUCUGAAUGAAAUCAUGUACAUGGAUUAUAUACCUCUGGCUAUAUUCUUUCUUUCAUUGGUAUUUUUUACGGCAGCCAAUGCUUGGUUGAUUAAAAUAUCCUAUGGAAUCAGUCGAAGGUCGUACUUGAAAAGACUAUGGCUGAAAAGCAAUAAAUGUUUAUUUGCAACAGAAACGGCAAUUCCUGAUUUCAUUCACAAUAAUUUGUGGACAGGAAAAGGUAAAUCUUGCUGUAUGGUCGCCAUUAAUCCAAAUCACGACUCACAAUGAGAAAAAUUUCAUAGAGAUAACGUGUUUUCAAGUACUCCGAAAAAACACAAAAAGGCAAAGUUUGCUCGUGAGAUAGAUAGACGUGGAUUUUAUAAUAUGUUCUUAUAAUGAAAACGCUUAUCGCCUUUUUAUGAAAAUUUGCGAUUUAAAAAUUAGGUAUUAUGAAAUGAGUAUGAAAUGAGUAAAAAUCAUAACACGCAUGUCUGUAAAUGCGUUCAUUGUUGUUUUUCUAAACAAAAAACAUUACUUGACUUUCUAAGGCUGUAAUCAGGCAACGAAAUUUAAUUGUUGAUUAUACUGUAAAUAGUUUAAAUCGUUAAUAUAUGCAGUUUUGUGCUAA